AUUGCAUUUGCUGAUAUCUCAGCUCUCUAUCUAUUCUAUUCCCCUGCAUUUCCCCCAUCUGCAAUACUGGAAUAGUAGGGCUCAUCUCCAUUACAGGGGUUUUAUAAGGAUUACUGAGAUAAUGCAUGUAAGCAGACACUAAGAAAAUGAUAUAGAUCCCAAACAUCUUCAUGUCUGUGGUUCUAAAUGAGCAGCAGAUGCCAGAUGUACAUAAUACAGUGUUCAGAAUUCAACUGAAAAACAAUCCCAGUUGACGUGAAUGACUGACAGAAAAACAUACAAGACUUACAAUGGGAAAAAUUAUAUGCAACUUCAGCAGUUCCUGACAGAGGAAAAAGGGAAAAAACUACAAUGAAGCAAUAAGCCAUUUGUAAAUAUUUAUAAUGUGUGAAAUCCAGCAUGGAUUCUUUCUGUAAGUAAAUAAAAAUAUGACAUGGAACAGAUAACUGCAAAUCAGGUGGCAAGAUAAUGCCUGGAAAAACAUUCAUAAAAAGAUUGUCCCCAUGACUACUGGUCUCUCCUCCCAGCUGCCUCCUCAUUGGUUUUUUCUCUCCUCUUAGAAUCUGGAAUUUGCCUUAUUUCGAAGUUACUCUCCUGGCAGCAGCUCUUUCUUCGCUAUGGUAGUUUCAGUUCCCAGUGGGAAAUCUCCACCGGUCAGUUUGCUUCAGAAGGUAGAGAAAUGAAGAGAAUUUCCUUCUGUUGCUUCAGCUAACACAGCCAAUGUAUUUCUGAGCCCUUUGGACGCAGGACAUGCACUUGCUGAUUUUGUCAGUAUUUAGCAUGAAAAGGGAAAGAAGACCAGUCAAAUCAAAGGAGAGGAAAUUGUACCUGAAAUUUCCUCAAAGCAGGACACUGACUGUGAGAAGCGAAGACUGAUUGCUCCUGGUUUAUAUUUCAGUGUCACUUCAUCAAUGGACCACGGGGUAUUUCGUGAUGGAUAAAGUCGUCCAAGAGGCCACCAUGGAUCCACCUGCUGGAAACAGCAGUCACUCCCCGUUUUCCCACUUUGAGACCUGCCAGCCAUCUUUUCCUGCGGUCUUCUUGCUCAUCACAGCUUAUGCCAUAGUCACAUUAGUAGGACUUCUUGGCAAUCUCUGCCUGAUUGUUAUCAUCGGGAAACAGAAAGAAAGCCAAAAUGUCACUAACAUUUUGAUUGCCAACCUCUCUGUGUCUGAUAUUCUCAUCAGUGUCAUGUGCAUUCCCUUCACUGCUGCAUAUACUUUGAUGGAUUACUGGGUUUUUGGAGAAGCUAUGUGUAAAAUGAAUAACUUUGUACAAAGCAUGUCUGUCACUGUCUCUACAUUCUCACUUGUACUAAUUGCCAUUGAAAGGUAUCAAUUAAUAGUGAACCCACGGGGUUGGAAGCCCAAAAUUUCACAUGCCUUCUGGGGCAUUGUCUUCAUCUGGGCAUUUUCUAUCAUAAUAUCAACACCAUUUUUUAUAUUUCACCAAAUCGCUGAUCAUCCCCUCAGUAACCACAGUGAUAUCUAUAUGAACAAAGUUGUCUGUAUUGAGAUGUGGCCUUCCAUUGAAGAACGACGAGGCUAUACAACCACUAUGUUAGUUUGCCAGUACUUCUUCCCACUAGGUUUCAUUUUCAUCUGUUACUUGAAGAUAUUUGUGUGUCUUCAGAAGAGGUAUGGGAAAGUAGAUAACAUAAAGGAGAAUGAGAACAGACUCAAUGAAAGCAAAAGGAUUAAUGCGAUGUUGAUUUCAAUUGUUGUGACCUUUGGAGCAUGUUGGUUACCUUUGAACGUAUUUAAUGUUAUGUUUGACUGGAACUAUGAGGCCCUGAUUAGUUGCCAUCACAAUGUGAUAUUUAUUUUGUGCCAUUUGGUAGCCAUGAUCUCCACUUGUGUCAAUCCAUUUUUCUAUGGAUUUCUCAACAAGAAUUUUCAAAAGGAUUUGGUGAUUCUGUUUCACAACUUCAGAUGUUUUGAAUCUCAAGAAUUAUAUGAAAACAUUGCUCUUUCAACUGUUAACACUGAUGUGUCAAAAGUCUCCAUGAAACUAAACAAUAUGCCUGCAAAUAUCUGAAACUGAGAACCUUCCAACCAUUCAUGUAUCUUUGUACUGAUUAUUGUAUUUCCAAAUUAUGCUUGUGUGGAAUUGUGAUGUUCUUGGUUCUGAUGCCAAUGAAGGUAAGGAACUUCUUCCCAUGUAUUACAGUGAGAAUGGAAGCAUAGGUGAAGCCUAAAAUAUUUUUCAGAUGAAUAAAACAUACAUAUUGUUCAUAGUUUAUUGAA